AUGAGCGGGAAACCUACCCAGCCGCCGGGCUUGGAGUCCAAUGCAUUGCUGUCUGCAGUCAAAGUGGGCGCUCUGAGUGGGCUCAGAAAUGGCAUCUUGGACCUUCACUUCCAAGGCGACGCGACGCCGAGACAGCGUGCUUAUGUCAGCGCCCUUUCUGGCGGCAUCGCGGGCGGUGCGGUCACGAGACUAAUGGGCUACGUCGGGCAAAGCUCGUACAAUGCGAUCGACACAUGGCAGAUGGAGCAUGCAAAUAACCCGUCGAAGCCAAUCAUCCAACGCAUAGCCGACUCUAAAUGGAUCCCUUUGAGGUCUCUUUCCGACGACGACUAUCGCGGGAUGCUCAGCGAAAAAUUGCUGAGUAUCGAGGCAGAAAUCAGCCUUAUCGACGACAAGAUUGAAGAACUUGAGAAAUCCAAAGCCGAUUCUGGAUUAGCACCGAUGCCGGCCGAGCCUACGGAGCGAUGA